GAGUUUGUCCCGCGGCGGAGGGUUAGCCGUGAAGCUAACAGUGCGUUGUUGUGGGCUUCAACUGGCAUGAGGAAGGGGGCGUACGAGGCCAUACUGUCACCUGGUAUGAGGAAGGGGGCAUUUGAGGACACACUGUCGGCGGGGUGCGCGUGAAAGCGAAACAGGAUCCGUCUGUGCUGCAUUGACUAGAAACACAAUUUGGAAGACUUAAUCUGGCCAGCGAAAUGUCCGACACUGACUUUUUGAAGGCAGCCCGUGCUCUCUGGAGGUACACGCCCCCCAACACAAGACUCGCACACUGCUGCUGGAAAAGGGCUCGACACAUCUAGAAAUUUCCAUGCGAUACCCGAAGCAUACAAGACCACAAGAGAUCAGACCAGACCAGACCAGGUGGAGCCCAACAUUGACACCCUCUUUCCCCUCCCCCUCAGCCCCCCAGGCUGCAUCCACCAGAUCGUCUUCAUUUAGCAGUAAUUUUAUCGCUGCUGCUGCUAUAAACUCUGACCUCAGCGAAGGGACCGAAGGCCCAGAGGUUUCCCUAGUUGACACUCUAAGCUGUGCUCUGCGAUGCCACAGCCUAGUGUCAGUGGGAUGGAUCCUCCCUUUGCUGACGCCUUUCAGAACUACUCCUUUGCUGACCAGGCCCUCACCAGCACCGAGCUGCUCGCCAGCAGCUCUGACCCAGUCUUCAUGUACGAACUGGACAGAGACAUAACCCACCGGCAGAGCCCCUGUCGGGACAGCAUCUUGGGAGACGGAGGCAAGGAAGCGGAGAGCUGUGUUGAUCAGCUCAUGGGGCUGGGCGAGUGUGAGACAGUCUGCAGCAGCCCAGCGUUCGAACAGUGGGACUCCUACUGGGAAGAUGUCACCAGAUACACUCGGCUGGCCAGCUGUGACGUCUGGGGCACCAAAGAGGUAGAUUUCCUUGGAUUAGAUGACUUUUCUAGUCCCUACCAGGACGAGGAUGUGAUUGGUAAAACCCCGACGCUUGCUCAGCUCAACAGCGAGGAUUCGCUGCCUGUCGUCGAGGCGCUCUGCCCACCUGCUGACGUGGCGCUGCCCGCCCCUCAGCUUCCGCUGCCCCAGCUUCCCUGUCACAGCAAGAGAGCACUGUUUCCUGGCCAUGGAUUUGGCCCCGGCUCGGCGCGGCCCCCUCCAAGCUCCACAUCCUCUUUCCGUACUCCCCGUUGCUUUCGCCCAGACUUUCCUGAAAGCACCAAAAAAGCCACCAGACCUAUCCCCUCCAGCACUGAGACUAUGGCUAAGAACCAAAACCUCCUAAGUCUCACGCAAGAUCACGGCCACGCUGAAACCAAGCCCUACUGGCGAGGAACCAAGAUGGCCGCCCCAACUUCUUACGGCACCGACUUUGUGCGAAAAGCUAAAGUCCGUGUGAGUGCCGUGCAUAAGACUCAGCCCGACGCGCCCUCCCAGGCGGAGUUUGAGAAGUCACUUCCACCUCUUCCUCUCUCCCAACCCCAAGAUGAAAAGGCCUGCAAUUCGGCCACGGCCACCUUGGUGGUGAUUCCUGUUGCUGCGGGCAGUGGCUUUGCCAGCCUGACGAGCUUUGAGAGGAGGGCAGAGGGGACUGUGACGAGCGAAACGCCUGUAGCCUGGUCUGCCCCCGUGCCACAGCAGGUUGAGGCGAGCCCGGUCCUGGAGGGCAGCGCACCCGGACUGGCUGGCGGUGGCGACGUUGUGGGCGGGGCGAGCCAAGGCAGCACGGAUCAGGCUGUCGAGGGGGCGGAGAAAAGCAAGGAGGAGGAGCACAACUACUCACUGUUCCUGACCCACAACAGACUUGCCAUCAGGUCCCACACCAAGCAGGAGAAUGAGGAGGAGGAGGAGGAGGAAGAAGAGGAGGAGGAGGAGGAGGAGGAAGAGGAAGAAGAAGAUGAGGAAGAUGCGGAAGAUGCGGAGGAGGAGGAAGGCGAUGGGCUUGAGCUCGAUGACGAAGACCACGAUGAGGGUUUUGGCAGUGAGCACGAGCUGUCUGAUAAUGAGGAGGAGGAGGAUGAGGAGGAGGAUGAAGACUACGAAGCCGACAAGGACGAUGACAUGAGUGAUGCCUUCUCCGAGCCAGGCUGCGACAUGGAGCUAACGGAGGACAUAAAAGGCCUGACAGCAGGAGUCUCCAGCCGGAAGAGGGGCAAGCGUCGCUACUUCUGGGAGUACAGCGAGCAGCUCACCCCCUCCAAACAGGAACGAAUGCUCAAGCCGUCUGAGUGGGACAGACACACGCUGCCUAGCAACCUUUACCAAAAGAACGGGCCUCUCCAUGGAAAGUACAUGCUGAAGAAGUCCCGCCGCACAGACGUGGAAGACCUGACCCCAAAUCCACGCAAGCUGCUGCAGAUCGGCACCGAGCUCCGUAAACUGAACAAGGUCAUCAGCGACUUGACGCCCGUCAGUGAACUGCCGCUGACCGCAAGGCCGCGGUCCCGCAAGGAGAAGAACAAGCUGGCGUCCAGAGCUUGUCGUUUAAAAAAGAAGGCCCAGUAUGAAGCAAACAAGGUGAAGCUCUGGGGACUCAGCACGGAAUACGAUCGGCUGCUCUUUGUGAUCAAUGCCAUCAAGGAGGAGAUAGUUUCCAGAGUGGAGGACUCUACUCCGCGUGCGACCAACAUGGCUGACACUCUGGAGCACCUCAUCAAGGAGACACUCGUGUCAUCACCUGUUGCUGGGGAGACUUCAGAUUUUGUCAAUAAGAUCUUGGAGAACACCGGACACGGCGAUCCCACCGGCGGACUGGUCGGCCUGCGAGUCCCGACCUCCAAAGUCUAGACAAACUGCGGUCCACUGAGAGCAGUGGGCUAAAUAUUACCACCGUGCUGUCCCAUUGUAACUAUGCUCCCUGCUGCAUGCCCCCCCCACUCCCCCAACCCAAAGUCAAUACACAUUGUUAGUCACACAAACACACACAUACCGCUCCCUAUGUGUACGUAUGUGUGCUUGUUUUAGCCAUGCACCUGUACAGGAUACACCUUAGCUUACUCUCUGCACACUGUGCGCAGAGUCAGCGUGUCACUCUCCCCACCCAUCGUCAACGUCUGUUGGGGAAAGCGCCUCUAGGAGCAAGAGAUGGUUCGGUGUAUAGCUAAUCGCACAUCCUAAAUCCGCUGGUGACUAUAAGAUGUGUUUAGCAUAGUGUUGUGCGGGAUCGAAUCUGUUGGAGGUUUGCUUCCAGGGCGCAAAGACAGUCACACGUCCGGAAUACUUUCACACAGUUCAUCUGAGGUUUUAACCAUAGAGGAAGAAUUGUUACACGUCGGACACCAUCCGAGGUCGGGGAAAAAAGGAGUUUCAGUAAUCAUUUCCUAGAAGAGACUCACCUUCCAUGGCAACACAAAUGAACUCAAGUAUGUUGAGCACACCCACUCACAAAAAAAGACUUUGAAGUCUACAGCUUUGGUUGCGAGGAAAAAAAACAAAAUCAGAAGAAGGUUGGGCCGAGGCAUUUUGGGGUGGCAGGAAGUAUUUUGUAUUGAAGGCCUCAAUAUGUUCAUGCCAUUCCCUGUUUGCCAAUCAGGUCUGAUGGUGUUAAAAAGUUCACAUUUAGGAAACGAAAGCUCGUAAACAAAAAAAGCAAUACAAGCUUAAAGUCAAAAUUGGAAUCAAGCGAUUAAGCAACGGAGAUCCUGCUGUUUUCAUCCGGCAGGAGAAAGCUUAAUGCUUCAGUUUGACUAUGACCGCUUAAACAGCAGGAGGUGAACGAGGCGAAAAAGUGUGUGGAGUUUGGUGCUUUUGGUGCUUGUUUUAACUGGACCGGGUGAAACGGGCAUUUUGCCGGAAUGGGAGCCGACUGAGUGAGAUGUUAGUGGUGGAGGUGAUGGAUGACAAAGAGUGAUGCAUCUCCUUUAGAAAAAUGUACAUAAGUGUCUCCUGGUGAACAGCAGCACUGGCUCCCCUAUUUGUACAGUAGAGAUGACCAGGUGUGUUCAUACUAGUGUUUGAUCAGAGUUCUAUUCAUUGUGCCUUGUGUAUGUAUGUGUGUGUUACUGUAAGUCUGAGUGAGUAUAUGAGAGGGACUGAACGAGAAGAGGUGAUUGGUCAGAACUCCCUGAGGUCCAGCCAAGGAGAGAACAGCUUUACACAGAGGGAGGUCAUUGGUUGAGUGCGAGGAGGGAGACUAUUGUGGGUUUUGUUGUGUAUUUCAGUUGUCUAAAGAUAUUCUGAAUGUACAAAAAUAAGUGGAAGCUUUCGUUGCGUCAUGCCACAGAGUCUGUGUAUAUGGGAGGGCUCUGCGAUGGAUUCCUUUUGUUGUUUUUUUGGUACUCUUGUCUUUUAGGGAUCGGGGGAGGGUGAAGAGAUAUUUUUGUUUUAGAGUUACAAAAAAAUAUUUGCACACUAUAUUUUGAUUGUUUUUUUGUACCAAAGACACAUGCAACAAAAUGGCGACCAGCCAGUUAAAGUAAGGUUUUGCACAGCUUAACUGACGCCGUAUUGAAUGUAAGAAAUGUGGGAGGGUCAGGGAACUUCGUAGAACUGUGAAAUUAGCUUGGGUCCAAUUCUGUACAGAAAAGGAAUAUUCAGUCAUGUUUUUAAGAAUAUGAAAAUGAACUCCAUCUGUGGGCUUCUCCAGUAGAUGUGUUGCGUAGCGAGCACUUCAUUCCUGAACUGGUUCCUCCCUCCUCGUGCUAAUUGCUCUUAUGGCGCAAACUAGGACAAAAAAAAAACCAAGAGUGCGAGUAGAUAAGCUAUGUUACCUUUUUGUUUGUCAAAAUGUCACCAACAAUAACCAAAAUGUUUUGUUCCUGGUGUCACUUGUUUGAUUUCUGUAUUUAGAUGAGGUCUAGUCCAUUAACCUAAUUGUGUUUUAGAGUACUAUGUAUAAAAUGUCUAUCAAUGGUAAAAUGCCACUUUCAUGACAAUGGAUUAGUUUUUAAGCAUGACACACCUCUAAAUCUUAUCUUUGCAUUGAGUAAGUUAGUGGAAAAAAAAAAAAAGAAAAAAAAUAGUGUUAUAUUUUUGUACUUUAGCUGCCUGCUAUCUUUCCUGUUGGUUUGUAAGUAUUUGUUGAGUGGAGAGAAUGAAAUAAGGGGGAAAAGAAGAGAACGGUCUGAAAGAGCAGUCUGUUGAUCUGAUUCUUUGAUUUAUUAGCCGACACAUGACCCUAUCUGUUUCAUUUACUGGUUGAGGGAUUUACAGAGAAUUAGGACUGGAUUUAUUUAAAACACAAUGCAACAAAGCCACGGACUAGUUUGGGUGAUCUAAUGAGGAGAAGAAUGAGGACGUGCCGUCCUUAGAAGGACAGGCAAUGAAAGCCAAAGCAUUGGAGUGUUUUCCUGUAUUGAUCUGUGCAUUGUGAUCCCGAUGUUCACACAUGUUCCCCUUUUCACCAUGAAAUCGGGUUAAAUUUUGCAUUUUCUGGGAUUGGCAUUUGUUUUCUGCCUAACCUUCCCUUUGGUACUCUGCUCACAUUCUUCCUGACCAGCCAAAGCCGCGGAAAUUACACUCUUCACCAAAACAUGUAGAGUUACAAUAUCCAGGCCGCAGUUCGGCGGCUUGUCCAAACUUAAGAAAUGCAUGAUGUCUGCAUGCGUGCCUUCCUGCUGACUCCUUAGACAAAAUGCUGCUCUUCCCAGGAAUUUUAAAGUUCAACCAGAGUUCCCUCCAUUAACAAGAUAAAAUAAACAAAAAUACAUGUUUGGCAUAGCUGAAUUCAGGUUAGUUUGAAGGGGAGAAAGUACUCCUUGUCUGGUGAUGGCCAUGCAGAGCUGUGGUCUUUUUGUAAUGUGUUAUUGAAUAACAGCUAGUGCUUAAUCUAUAUAGGUAUAUAUAUAUAUAUAUUAUAUUUUUUACAGAUUUCUGUUCCAUCUAAAAAGGGAGAAAUGGUGCUUUUUUUCAGAAAAUAGAAUGAUGGGUAUCAGAGAUUCUUAUUUGACUUCUUAUUGCUAGUUGUAGCCUAAUCACUUGCUCUCCCCUACCGUCCAUAGCUAUUUUCUUAGUACUGAUUCAUUUUUGUAAAUAGACAAUAAGUCUAUAUGUACCUUCUAAAUGUUAGAUAUAUGUAUAGAAAACUAUCUUAUAUGUUUGAAAACAAAAGCACUUUGUCCAAAAAAGGAAAAAAAAAAAAAAAAAAAAGAAAGCAUUUUUUUUCUUCUUCCAUUUGCUGCUAAAAGGCCUGGCGUGAAUGCUGCAAGUGUACUUGGUGACUACUUGCUCGGAUAGGUCUAUUACCUGACUUGGCCAGGUCUAUAAACUGGCAGGAAACCGGUGCGCGAUCUGACGAGGCUUAGAUCGAAAUGUUUCUGUAGCCAUGUAAUGAUAUGAGGUGCUGUAUGAGCAUGUAUCAUUGCUUGGCUUUGGGAGGCCCAGACAGGAUAGAUUUAUUUCCUGGUCAGGAAAUGUGUUUGUGGUCUUAAAAAAAUAAAUAAAUAAAUAAGGGUUUUGAUUCCAGGGCCCCUACUUUGAUCCUGAUGCUGAACCCUUUGGCGUCAUGAUUAAUUUGCCUUCAGUAGAGGUUUCCUAUGGAAAAAAUGGAUUCUGCUUUGGCUUCCUCUUCAGGGUGAUGUACAGUGUAGACACAUUUCUCCAGAGAGCUAUAUUGUUAUAAUUUGUAAACUGAUUUCUACUUGUGACUUAAUGAGGAGGAAGAGGAGGAGGAGGAGGAGGAGGAGGGGGGGUGGUGGUGGUUGAGCCCAGAGCGCCCAGGAAGAGCCUGUCUGAAAGAUGCUGUUCCGGGCGCCUUGGGGGAGGUUAAAAUAUCAUUGUACUGUAUGGCAAACCAGUCUCGAAAGGAGACUCAAUCUGGAUACUUAUUGCCUUUUUAAACUUUUCACUUACACACAAAACAAAAAAGAAUUACUUGGCAGAGGGGUCUGUUGCCGAAGUUUGUGACAUCGCCCUGCCAAUACAUUGUCAACAACAACACAGCCGUUCAGCCCGAUCGGCUCAAAACAAACCUUGACUGAAGUAGAAGACGUGAAAUGUGUCCGGAAAAUGGCAUCAAAAUUGUCAACUCCUUGUGCUCACCUGUAUCUUUUGGGACUACUUUUGAAGCAUUUUUCAACUACAAUUCUUCCCCGGUCUGGAAGGGGGUCGCCGGUUGUUGAGAGAGCCGGUUGGUUGGCCAGCGUCAAACCAGCCACACGGUGUGUGUGUGUGUGUGUGUGUGUGUGUGUGUGUGGUGUUUUGUAGACGAAACUAAUUCAAGAGAAGAGUCCUCACAGGUUUUUACAUUUAACAUGUUGAGCGCAAGCGGGGAAACUUUACAUUCAGACCAGGAGACUCUGUGGCAUUUUAACAGUCAAGGAAUUGAGUGAAAAUCUACGCAAGUAAAACUAUUCCUUAUUCUUUUUAUUUCUGAUGAUAUAAAUCCUAGUCAUUCAAUUAUUAAGCUAGCGUGUGUAACUUUGUGCUCCUCUUGUCCAAUAAAAGCAAAGUGGAUCCAUAAAGCUUUUCUUCAGCAAAUCAGGGUAAUAUUGUUCUUCUAUCUGACAUAUGUGAUGUCGUAUGAAAAGAAAAAGAACAGAAAAAUAUAUUUAUGUAUUCCAAUUACCGCCAUUCUUUACUCUGUACAAAAAAACGUGCGUGUGUGUGUUUAUGAAUUGUCAAUGUCAAUCAAUAUAGUGCAGUGCUCGCUAGACAAACUUUAAAAAGGCCAACAGACGUGUCACAAUAAUUCCCAGUGUCCCCGCUCUCUCCUGAUUGGUAUUCUAACUCACACAACCUGCAACAUUUUGCUCUCACAAAGGAUUUUACUAUUUUUCGCCAUGAAAUCUUGGCACAUGGUGCUAAAUUACUUUCCCAAGGAAUCAUCCGAUAACGUAGACGGCAACUGUAUUAGAUCCACUCACCCAGAUGCGAACAUGUGGUUAUUGUUCUCAAUGCCUGCAUCAAAACGUCCAUGUUGGACCAGUCGGAGGAACAUCGUUACUCUGAACAGCAGCAGACAUGUGAUUUAUGAAAUAUUGGGCCGAAUGGCCGCUAUUGUUAAGUGUGCCAUUAUUUCUUAUGUAAAAGUCAGACUCCUUGAUUUGACACCAUUGCUCAAAGCCACAGAGGAUCUUUAUUCCAUCUGGGAGGUACAAACCUUUUGUUUCUCCAAUUCAUGUGUAAUUUCAAAAAGAUUUCUUUGAAAAAGUUAUGCGGUCUAGCAAAUACUAUUCAUAAAUACACUUACAAUUAGUCAAAAGUAUUUCUUGCUGUAAUGUUUUUUUUUUUUUUUUUUAACAACAAGCAACCAAAAAACUAGAAAACUUCACCUCCUACUGUCUGUGGUGUCAGAUCUCUGAGUCUGGUUUUGAGGUUUUUUGGGGGGGGCAAUUUCAACUUUCCUGUCUUGUUCUGACCCAUGUGGGCCACCGUAUCUUUAGAGGCUGUGUCCUCACUAACCUGCACAUGUUUCCCAGUAUGAAUUCGAGAAAUACAGAACUGUCCUCUGUGACAAAAAAAAGAAGAAGAAAAAGCAGUAAGAAAAAUAUUGUGUGCACGACGAUGUCCUGCACAGCACUGAGAGAAUCAAGCAACGGAAGUCGUCUCCAUUGUUACUCUCAGUCCAAUGAUUUCGUAUUUGCUGCUAUUGAAUGAGCACAAAGACACUUUUGGUUUUGGUUUGCAUGUCCGCGACACGAUCGUAUUUACAGUCCCUGUCCCUGUUUUUUGUCGCACCUUUUUUACUACGACAGUCAAAAGACCAACACAGUGUUGCUCACCUUGCACUUGAUUUUUUUGAAUACGAUGCCUGCUGAACCAGGUGCCUUUAAUCAAAUAUAUGAGAACACAAAUCUGCACCUUGGGUCAGUCGGGAGGGGAGUCCCUACACAAACAAGGGGCUUGGUUUCCAAAAACCUUGACCCGAAUUACAAAAGUGAACGAUCGAAUUGUUAUUCUAAAUCAACACACCUUGUGUAACAGCAGAUAGGCUGUUUGUCGUGUCUCCAUAGGGUUUACAUUUAAAAGUAUAAGGGAAAAAAUAUCAAUUUAAACUCCUAAAUUGAUGUUGUUUUGGGAAACCUGGUUCCUUUUUAACUCUUUCUCUGCCCACUACGCCACAUUAUGGUUUUUAUGUGCAUUGGCUGCUGCUGCUAUCACCGCCGUGAGUCCGUUUAGAGGAGGACAAGCUUCCACUGUGUCCGAGGCAGAGGGAGACCUGGGCCGGCUUUGUACCGAGUCAAUUUAAAUUGCAUCCUUCUCCAUCUGUGGUUUUGAAAUGGAGCACCGUGUUGCCGAGUCUUGAGACCUUUUUUUGAGAAAAACGAAUCAAAAAUCCACAAAAAAGAAAGAAAAAAAAAGAAAGAAGAAGCUUAAAACAGAACUUUCCGUUUUCUUAACUUUGCUAUUAUAAAGUGCCAGACCCUCCUUGAAGUCAGCACUGAGUCGCUGGGUGCGAACGAAGCGACGAACGGAGCGCGGGGGAGAACCGUGGUGCUAAUCUGUCUGGCUGGGUGCUGACGCGGCUGUGUUUUAAAAAGCUCUUUUAGCCAUACUGUUCCUCCCGUCUUGUGUUUCUGACUGCUGUAUGCUGGUAUAGCGGCUGCUGUGCUGAUGAAUGUGGACUAGUCUUCCUCAGCAGUAUCCUAAAGACCAGUGUCUGGGGGAGCUUUUCCUGUUGUGCUAAUUCCUGUUAGACUUUAGUCUGGAUACAGAGGGAGACUCUUGUCGUCCGGAUGUAGAUGAAUGUUGUAUCUUUAUAUGGCGCCGCCAUAAUAUUAUGGUUUGAUAUUUAUGCUGACUCUGUCAAAAGUUGCUUGUUAGAAUUUAUUUGCCCUAAAUUAUAUUUUUGCUUUGUAUUUUCCCUCGAUCCCAGUGUUCAUACCAUUUCUUUGAUAUUUAUUUGUUUUGUCCUGUAGAUUAACAUGUAAGGGGACAUUUCUUUGAAAUUAGACUUAAUUCCACUGAAACGGGACCUGCCAGGAGUCGGACAUCACAUGAUGUUCAUAGACAUGAAUCAAAGUCACAUUGAAACCAGUUUUGCUUUUUUUCACUUAACUUUACUACUUAAUCUUCAUUAUGUCAUUUUAUCUGGGCAACCAGCGGAGACUCAAGUGUUUGGUCCCCACAAAACGGGAAGAUGAACAGAAAACUAUAAAUAAAUCGUAAUUUAUGUUGGAUCAGUGCGAACAGGGUCUGGUAUUAAUACGCUAAAAAUAACAGACUGCACUGACUUCCACCGGAUUUGGCUGCCAAACAUACAACAUGUCAUCAGAAUAAUUUGGGAUAAUUCCAUAAAAAUACCACACACAGUGGCUUCGGUUGUUGCCUUCGGCCUUUUAUACUCGCUCACAGGAAGCAAGAUGUAGUUGGCGCCGCAGUUUCAUUUGUGACUUAGAUUACACGUCGUCGCCGUCGUCGAGGCGUUUUGUCAUCGGAGGUCGGAGGUCGGAGGCAGUGGGGUAGACCAGACUCGCUGGGUCGCCACAGAGAACCUCUCCUCCCCCGGUGUCGUGACUCCCGGCGCUCCGCGGCCUUGAAGCUCGAGUUGGGAGUCGGCUCGCCUGCUCUCUCUGUCUUUGGUGGGACGUUUGUAAGCAUUUGAUCAGUUUUCUGGGAAAACUGCACCCGAGAUGUUUUCAGCCCUCUUGGGUCUUAAAGAAGGGCUUUGGCUCGCAGUUGCCUUGUCAGGGAGCUGCUGAUAUCAGCCGGGGGGGGCACUUAAUGCUGGUGGGCAGAGACCCCUCAUCCUACCCUGAAAUUAUUGUUUGGGGCAGGGGAGUCAUUUCCUCUGCUGCAGACUGAUCUUUUUGAAUCAAAAGACAACGACUCGCCCCUUAAAUAUAUAAACAUCCCCUCUUUCCUUAUCUUCACACGUCAACAUGUAACACUGCAGUGAUUUACAUCUCCCAGAUGGAGAGAGAGAGAUAUUUAACAAACAUGUGCUAUAGUAUAAACAUUUUUUUUUCCUUCAAUUUUGAUAAUCAAGACAGACAGUGAGUAGAUUUUAUGGUAAAAUCAUACAAGUCCAUGUCGAGGCUUUGGGAUGUGCCGUUCAUCCUGAGCUCCACGGCUACAUGCCAUUGUAAUGAUGCUUGUGGUCUUGUAUGGUAACUUAUUUGACCAGUUCAACAGCAUGGGAUCUUUCUGUAAUUAGUCCUGUAUGUUCCUCUCCCCAGUCUCAUUGCUAAGUGCUCUAUAAUAGAUCUCUUGGUGAUUAUAAUUUCUUUAAGAAGUAAAACCUGCAGAAAGUGUAUCCUGCUGAAACUAACUUGAUCCUCUCUUUAGCAAUGACGUCUAUAUUUGUAGUUCACAUAUAUGCCUGUUCGAAUACAAUAUCUUGACCGUUAUAUUUAUGUUGUGUAAUAAAUGUUGUGCUGGGUUUUUACUUUUUAUUUUAUCUAACUUUCUUUUGUUCAAGUUUCUUUUUGGAUGCACAGUCAGCGGCUUUGUGCACAGGCACGGAAAUCUAAAAGGUGUUUUGGUUUUUUUUUGGUUUAUACUGUAAAACUCAUUCUGUUUCAGAGCUUCUGACAUCCUGCGGACACAUGCCCGGAAUCUCUGUUGUGUUAUUGUGCCUCUCUUCUUUUCUUUUUUUUUAAACCAUUCUUUCUCUGUUGUAUCAGCUGGAGUUGGUACCACAGCUCUGCUUGUAACCACAAUAGUCUGAUUAUGUUUAUUGAUUUGAAUAUCAAAAUAAUAAAACCAUUAGCACCCCA